AUGAAGUUCUCCUCGCCCAUCACUUUCUUCCUCUACCAGGCGCAAUAUCGGUGCUACUGCACUGGAUCUGGUGGUCCAAACCCUGACACCUUCUCUAACACUUGCUGUGUAACGGGUGAUGGUGUCACUUGUCCGGAUGGUAAAGACCGUAAAGGUACUUGGCUGAACAACGGCGGCCUCUGCGAGUUCAAGUGGCUACCUUUUACCCAGAAUCAAUUCAUCUCUUCCUACGCCGCUUGCUGCAGCAGCACCGGUCCACAGACCGGAAACAAGUAUGGGGGCAACUGCUUCAAGCCCUAG